UUCUUAACAUCAAUGUCAACAGCAUCCUUGACCUUGGCUGCGCAGGAGAUGGUGCUGGCGUCGCUCUCCAUGAUGAGAUCGCUGAGAAGCAACGGACUUGCUCUGACGAACAUUAGACCGCCUCGCCUCUGAUACACUUAAAUGCACCGAUCGCAAGAAUUGAAGCGGAUCAAAGCGGAGUAGAGCCGCGGUAAGGCGGCUAGAUAGGCAACAAGUGCGGUACCUUCAACGGCGAUCUUUUUCUCUCGGCCGCGGGUGGGAGCAUGGUAAGCUGUUCGUAUUCUUACAAGUGAUGCACUUGUUGGACCUUUGAACCUGUUUGGACCCCGGGCUAGCCCAGGCAUAGAACAAGGCGACCGGCCGGUCGUGUAUCACCACAGCAGCUGCGUGCUAUUUAGGCGUGGGCCGGAAGCUCUGUUUCUACAGCAUAUCAAGAGAAACCCAUGACGUCCAUGUCCACCAACAUACAGAACGAAGCAUACCGUGCAGCGCUCCUCGUCACGUCCAGCUCGGCCGACCCGAUAUCUGACGGCGGCAUACUGGUUUCGGGCGACACAAUCGCGGCUUCUGGUCCCUGGUUCACCACUAUCGUGCCCCUUCUCACGCCUACAACCACAGUGACCGACUUAGGUGCAGUUACUAUCGUCCCAGGAUUCUUCGACUGUCAUGUGCAUGUAUCAUUUGAUCCCAUGCGCAUGAAGAUGAAUUCUAGCCGCGACGAGCUUUCUGAUGCGCAAACUAAGGAAAAAGAAACCAGAGAACUCAUGGAGAGGAACGCACUCCGGCUGCUGGACGCAGGGGUGACAACCGUCCGUGACCUUGCAAGCCACGGCAUGGGAGUUAUGGAGAUGAAGGGGCGGAUCAACCGGGGCGAGAUUAUGGGACCACGGUUGAUGUGCGCAAAUGCCCCAAUUACGGUAUUUGGCGGACACUGCAAUGCGAUGGGCGGAGAGGCUGAGGGAGUGGAAGGGGUCACAAAAAUGACACAAAAGCGAUUGGAUGAAGGUGCCGAGGUUAUCAAGGUAAUGAGCACCGGAGGCUUCAUGACUGCUGGCUCGCAUCCAUCUGAGGCGCGUUACUCAGUCGAGGAGCUCAAGGCCAUCGCUGACACCGCUCACGCCAAGGGUGUGAAGGUAACCACGCAUGCCCUGGGUGGAGAGGGUAUACGCAGAGCAGUCGUGGCUGGGUUCGACAGCAUCGAGCAUUGCAGUUGGAGUACCAAGUCUGGCACAAAAUUCGAUGGCGAAGUGGCCCAACUCAUCGUGGAUAAGGGUGUAUACGUCUGCCCCACGAUGAACACCGCCUGCCUUGCUGGAGAGAAUUAUUUCUGUCCUUGGGACCAUCGCGCUGCUAUUGUAGCAAAUCUGGCUUCAUUGCGAACACUCAACGCCAAGAUUAUCAUGGGAACCGACAACGGAAUCGGACAUUGUCCCUUCGAGCGUUACGCUGAUGGCCUUACGGCUCUGGCGGAUGCGGGAUAUACGCCGCGCGAACUGUUGGCUGCAUGCACUGACGUGGCGGCAGAGGCGUGCGGUUUAUCGGAAGUUACAGGCAAACUUCUCCCAGGUUUCGUCGCAGAUGUAGUUGCCGUCGAAGGAAAUCCACUGGAGAGCAUAGAGGCGUUUGCUAAGCCUAGAUUCGUGCUGGCCAGAGGCAAGGAACACAAGUUGACCCCCAUCCCACCACUUCCAGCGGAUCACAAAGAGAAAGUUGAGGAGUUGAUGGCAAUGCUGAGAAAGGGCGCUGGAUUCAAGGAUUGA